AUGCAGAUCCCAACGAUUCUCGUCACGUGCCUGCUCACAUUGGGCCUGGUGGACACAAGCCUCGGGACCUCGAAGGGGGAUCCCAGCCACAUAGAGGAGAUCUUAUUGAAGAAGGUGGACACUAGCGCGAAACGGAAGGAAAAUGGAGCCCCGCAUCUCGGCAAGAACGUAGAAAAGUGGUUGAUUAAAACCAAAGCAACCGCUAGUGCAGAGAGCAAAGCAUCCGCUUCAGUAAAAGCAUCUGCUCUGGCCCUAGCCGAGGCUCUCUUGCAAGCGACGGCAGAGUCGGCUAAACUUUCAGCUGAGGCUGCCGCGGCGGUGAAAGCGGCAUUGGAGGCACAGCUGAUUGCCGAAAAGAAAGCUUUGGCCGCGUUGCAAGCUCAGUCCGAGGAACAGACAGCCUCUGCCCUCGCGGAGGCCGCAGCCGCUGCAACGGCAUCAGCCAUGGAUCGCGCUCAAGCUUCCUCGAGAACGGCCGCAACCGCUCAGGACGUGACGAGUGAUUUGCAGAAACGAGCCAGCACUUUAGCAGCCGCCGAAGCCGCAGCCACCCUUAGGGCAUCAGAGAUCGCUGAAGAAUUGAAAUGGAUAGCAUCCGUUGCUGCGGCAACCUCAGCCAGUGCAGCUUCUGCCGAAGCGCAGACCACUGCUUCUUCGGAAACCACGUCCUCUGCUGCCAAUAAAGCAGCCGUAUUGGCCGCUGACGCGAACAGUGCGCAGGCAGCUGCCGCAGUGGAAGCACAAUCCGCUGCCAAGAUCGAAGCCAAAGCUGCCGCUGAGGCCUCUGCCAACUCGGCCACCGAGGACUCGCAAACCGCACAACUAGAGGCCUCUGCCGCGGCCAAGGCUACCGCAGCCGCAGCUAUCGGUGAUGGCGUGAUUCUAGGACUUGGAAACGACUCUGGUGCCUCAGCUCAGGCACUCGCACAAGCUCAGGCACUGGCUAGCGCUGCUGCGAAAGUAGAAAACAUCGACGACAAAAGGUAA